GCGAAGAGACAAGAUGGCGGCGGCGGGGCCAGCAGCGUGAGGCGCGCUGAGGAGACGCCGAGUCCCCCUCUUCCUCCCCGGGAGGGGAGGGGCCGCCAUGGCUGUGAACAGCGCGCAGUACAUCUUUGGGGAAUUCAGCCCCCAAGAAUUUAAUGACUUCUUCAUGACUCCUCGCUGCUCUGUUGAGCUGCCUCCCUACAAUGAAACAAUUUCGUGUGGCCUUAAGUCCACAGGAGAGCUGCAUGAUGGGGAAGAUUAUAAGAGAAUUGAAUUUGGUGUUAAUGAAGUUAUUGAAGCAGAUUUGACUGUGCAGAAUAACAACGACUACAGUAUUUCGAGUACUCUGAAUCCUCAGGCGCCAGAAUUCAUUCUUGGUUGCGCACCUACCCAGAAAACGGCCAACGAUGUACUCAACGAAGCCAACUAUGAUUCCGUUGAUUGCCAGUUCACUGACCCUGCUCUCUCUUUGGACAGCGGUUCUAAUGCUGAGAACGAUGGCUUACCUGGAAGCCUUGGGCAAAGAGAGCGCAAAAAGAAGAAGAAACGACCCCCUGGAUAUUACAGUUAUUUGGAAGAUGUCAGUGAUGGCAUUGUUCCACCAGAGGCGUUGGUAAAUGGGCAUGCAAAUUCACCAGGACUUAAUAGCAUAAGCACAGAGGAUGUGGAACUUACAGGGGACCUGCCGUCAGUCGCCCCAAGGACUUGUAGCAGCCCUGAAAAUUCUGUGGACUUCACUAGCGAAGCUGUGUCUGAUGAUUUGGUUUCUAGUGCUCUAGACACUACCAGGACUGCAGGGCAGCCUGAAGUAUGCAGUGUUACUAAUUUGGAACAGUCUUGCACCCCUUCUGAACCCGGAAGGGAUAGCCCGUUAAGGACAGCUGUUGUACUGCCUUAUGCUGGUACCGAUACUACUGAAAACCUUGGCGUUACUAAUGGACAAAUACUUGAAUCCUCUAGUGAGGGCCCAGCUGCCAAUGGAGUAGACUUGCACGCUGUGGAAAGCACUGACUCAGACCAAGCUAAGCCCGAGAACGCUUCAUCUACUACUGAGGCGCCCCCCCCUGUUUCAGGAUCAGUCGCAGUUAAUCAGCCUGCGAAAUCGUGGGCUAGCCUCUUUCAUAAUUCCAAGCCCUCUGUUUCCACGCCUAUGGCUUAUGUGGAAACUAAAUACACCCCUCCUGCCACGUCUCCCGUGGUUCCUGAGAAACAGGUUGAAGUCAAAGAGGGGCCUGUUCCGGUUUCUGAGGAUCCUGUAGCCAUAAAGAUUGCAGAGUUGCUGGAAAAUGUAAAGCUAAUACAUAAACCAGUGUCCUUGCAACCACGAGGGCUGAUCAAUAAAGGAAACUGGUGUUACAUCAACGCUACACUGCAAGCUUUGGUUGCUUGCCCUCCUAUGUAUCACCUAAUGAAGUCCAUUCCAAUGUAUUCAAAAUCCCAGCGGCCGUGUACAUCAACACCAAUGAUAGACAGCUUUGUCCGCUUAAUGAACGAGUUUACAAAUAUGCCGGUUCCGCCUAAGGCCAAACAAGCUUUAGGUGAUAAAAUUGCAAGGGAUAUCAGGCCUGGAGCUGCCUUCGAACCCACAUACAUUUAUAGGUUGCUGACAGUGAUCAAGUCGAGUCUGUCAGAAAAGGGCAGACAAGAAGAUGCAGAAGAAUAUCUGGGAUUUAUUCUAAAUGGACUACAUGAGGAAAUGUUGAUUCUGAAGAAACUGCUGUCUCCACAGAAUGAAAAACUUCUGGUUUCUAAUGGCCCAGAAUCAACUCCUGUGCAUGAAGAGGAGAAACAAGAGGAACAAGGUGAAGGCAGUGAGGAUGAAUGGGAACAAGUUGGACCACGCAACAAAUCCUCAGUUACUCGUCAGGCUGAUUUUGUCCAGACGCCAAUCACUGAUAUAUUUGGUGGUCACAUAAGGUCUGUGGUUUAUCAACAGAGUUCAAAGGAGUCUGCAACUCUGCAGCCAUUUUUCACUCUGCAGUUGGAUAUCCAGUCUGAGAAGAUACGCACGGUCCAGGAUGCGCUGGAAACUUUGGUGGCCAGAGAGUCUGUCCAGGGUUACACCACCAAAACCAAGCAGGAGGUGGAGAUCAGUCGAAGAGUGACACUCGAGGAGCUUCCUCCAGUCCUUGUCCUUCAUCUCAAGCGGUUUGUCUAUGAGAAGACUGGGGGGUGCCAGAAGCUCAUCAAAAAUAUUGAAUAUCCUGUUGACCUGGAAAUAAGUAAAGAGCUGCUGUCUCCAGGUGUCAAAAGCAAGAUUUUUAAAGCCCAAAGAACCUACCGGCUCUUUGCAGUUGUGUACCAUCACGGAAACAGCGCGACUGGUGGACAUUACACUACAGACGUCUUCCAAAUUGGUCUAAAUGGCUGGUUACGCAUAGAUGACCAGGCAGUCAAAGUGAUUACUCAGUACCAGGUGGUGAAGCCGUCUGCCGAGCGCACAGCCUACCUCCUGUACUACCGCCGAGUUGACCUGCUUUGAAACCUCCUUUUCUGCUGUGUUUGCGAGAUUACCUGCUUUCUAGAACGCCAAUUCUCUCUCCCUCUAACUCUUUUAUUCCUCUUCUCAAUGCUCUUCUGAGUGAACCCCGUCUCCCCCUUUUCCCCCUCCUCCCACAACUAUGGGAUAGAGUGAAAGGGAAAAGACUACCUUGGGCCUUGUGUUGGCUUAUCGACUUUGCUGAUUGAAGUCUUGAGUUUGAAAGACUCAGUCUCACAAGUCCACACACAGAGGUUGUUUUUCUUUUUGCGUGAAUGCUGAAUCCUAAGAGAUUAAAACGGGGGAUUUGCAAAAGUGAUUCCCACUUUCUAAUUGCGUAGUCGAGAAGCAGCCCUGCACCAGCAACAGAACUUGUAGAUUUCUGUGAAAAAAAAAGUUUUAUCUUUACUUAAAUAAAAAAAA